AUGGACAGAACAUCGACAGGGCUAAGACGCUGUGAGUUGCUGCCGAGGACUUACGUGUGCGAGAACUUGGUCAAGCCGCUCACCUUCGCAGUGCAGCACUCCUUCGCGGAGCUGGUCGGCAGCACUCCAACGCCGGUGCAGUGGUUCGUGAGCCACUUUUGGGGCUCAGCGUUCCGACACUUCUCGGAGACCGUUCAGAAGCAUGCGGCGCAAGUGGCCUUGGAGCCCGACUCUGUAGCCUACUGGGUGUGCACCUUCAGCAAUAACCAGUGGGCAGUGGAUGAUGAGCUUGGCCACGGCGAGGUUUGUCAGUCCUCCUUCUACCUGGCACUGCGGAGCAGGAGCUGCCGAGGGACAGUGAUGGUCAUCGAUGAGUUGGCCAUGCCCUUGACGCGUGUGUUUGUUCGAAGUGCUCCAGACGCUGCAGCUCUCGCAGAACCCAAGCUUCGAAGGUCUGCUGCUGUGCACGCCCUCGGGGGUCUUGCAAGAUGGCCGUGCUGGGACGGACGUGGCGAUGGAGGUCGCCAGGAAGUUGUCCCAGCUGGACUUGAGGGAUGCAGAGGCGACCUCGCAAAAGGACAAGGAGCUGAUCGAGUCGGAGGUCCUGCGAACUGUGGGAGGCUUUGA